AUGACCGAGGUUUCGUCUACCAGGCUCUACCUGGGCAACCUCCCGCGCAAUGUUACCAAAGCUGAAGUUGAGGGGCACUUUGCUACCCAUGGCACUGGCGAAAUUACUGAGAUAAAACUCAUGAAUGGCUUUGGCUUCAUCGAGUACAAGGACGCCAUGGAUGCGCGUGAUGUUGUUCCUGAUGGAUCUGACUUCAUGGGCGAACGUCUAACCGUUCAAUUCGCUCGUGGCACCCGGCACCGCGAUGGCGGCGCCGCUCCUGGUGGGUUCAACAACAAUAACAACACUCACAACGAGCGGGCUGCACCCCGACCACGUCGUACUCAGCACCGGAUGCAGAUUACGGGACUACCCACGGAUACCAGUUGGCAGGACCUGAAAGACUUCGCUCGUCAGUCCAGCCUCGACGUUGUCUACUCCGAGACUGGCCGCGACGGCAAUGGACGCGGCUUUGUUGAAUUCGAAACCGCUGCCGACCUCAGAACCGCUGUGGAGAAGCUUGACGGCCGAGAGUUCAAAGGCAAGCCUGUCAACUGCGUUGCCGACACCCAGCCCGACAUUCCUCCACGUGACAACCGAGGUCGUUCCCGAUCCCCCAACGGUCGCCGCCCUCCUCCUCCUCCUCCAGUGGACGACUACGAUCGUCGCGGACCGCCUCGUGGAUACAGUCCCCGUGGUUACCGCGACGGCUACCGUGACAGAAGCCCUCGCAGAGAGUACUACGACGAAAGGGCUCGCUAUCGGUCGCCUCCGCGGCGCCCCAUGGAUGAUUAUCCCCCUCCUCCCCCGCGCGGUCGCUACGACGAUCCCUAUCGCCGGGACUAUCCCCCACCUCCUCCGGACCCAUACGCCAACAGCAGGCCUCCUUAUGAGCGGCCUCCUCGUGACUUUCCCCCUCCGCGCGACCCUGGAUACCCCCGCGAUCCUUACCCUCCCCGCGAGUAUGAACGUGGCGGCCGCUACUGGUAA